GGCGUUGUGCUUCCCCGGUGCCCAAAAGUUUUAGAAACGUUUUUUUUGCUCCCUAGAUCAUCUUGAACAUCAAAUGGUUUGAAGAAGACAGGAUAAGAAGAUGCUGUGUUAAUGUGAAGCCGCUCUUUUCCUGUGCCUGGUGGAGUUUACCUGGUGGACAGCACACACUUCAGCCCACAUCAACAUGGAGUAAGUGGCCAGUUCAGUUGCAGUUAGUACAGCAGGCUGGGAAGCAGAAAACGCCCUAGGUGCAUGGGGGCACUUUGUUUUGCGUUAGGCUGCCUUCUGCCUACGACUUGCUUCACUCGUACAUACAGAUCAACGUAAAACUUUGUUGUGAUCAUGUUUUGGCUCUGUCCUAAAACCCAAAAGGAGUUUGCCUGUAGAGCAGUCUACAGAGUUCAGUGUCCAUGUAGGUAUCACUUUUUCUUGCCAUUGCGCUGUGUGAAGCCCUCCUUGAAUUCUGACACAUUUGAGUACACAAUUGAGUGCGUCAAGCAAAUCAGAGAACAUUGUGGCAUCAUAGAUCCUUUUCUGCAAAAUUCUCCUCAUUUGCAAAGCCGACCUCCGAAUUCUCUCUUUCCCACUGGCUAAUGACAGCCAAUCCCAGACAAGAGGGGAGGAGUCUACACAGACGUAUGGACGUACAUUGAUUGGAUGACAGAACAUUUUGACACCUACCCACUUUCAGCAUCAACUGAAUCGUCUCCUGGCUCAUCGAUUCCACCUUCCCCCUUGGAACAUGAUGUCCAGGUGCCCUCUGAUUUGGAGGUCAUGACCUCUCUCCUAAAAGAAGAACUUGCCCAACUCGAGGAUUAUUACCUAUUUGAAUCAGCGCCCAUGAAAGCAGAGAAAUGGCAGAAAUGUGAUAAAGGCUACCAAGCAAUGUCCGCCCCAUCAUAUUACCAGUUACCCUGCACUUCAUACAACGUGAACCAGUCCGAAUCGAACCCCAGGCUCGUUAGCCUGGCAACAGGUGAGCUUGACCUGAGAGGGUUUUGCGGCAGCUCUGUGGGAAGAUCUAAAACAUCCAGACCUGCUCCUUACAGCUAUGUUCGGACCCACUCCACUAGCCAAAGGAUAGCAUCGAAUGGUUGCAAAGACGUGGAAGUUUUUGAGAAAGAGACAUGGACUUUCAAAGGGACUCAUUCAGGUUAUGCAGAGAUGGCUUUAGACCAGUGUUCUGUUGACAAGAUUUUUGGGAAGAACCAUAUUGGUACGAAAAAGGUUAGAGAAUGUGCCAUAUUGCUAAAGGAAGAAGAAAAGAGAAGUUUCACUGAAGAUGUUUUUUACAGAGCAGAGAUGGUGAAAAGUUUUGAUGCUGGUGCACCACUGGAUGCCCACCACAGGAGAGAAGGUCAAGCUCCUGGAAUGAAGAUGCUCGGUCAUGGUCAUGAAGCUGUUGCGAUGCCAGUACUGCACUGCAGUGAAAACGGAAGUAGUCCUGCAUUUAAACACCCAGAAUUAGCUGAGUGUUACUUUAGUCAGAUUACUGCCAAUUUAGAACCAUAUCAUGGCUUUAUGAAUGAGGUAGAUCCGUCAGUCCGGUCUGGGGCUGUCGAGUCUAUGAAUAGUGGUUACUCAAGCCAUGAAUGCCUUGUAGAUCAAAGCUUUGAUUGUCUGUCCGGAGACAGUGUUGGAUCCUCUUUGGAGUUCCCAGCACAGAAACCAAUGCAAAGGCUAAGAGAAAACCUGUGUGUGUUCAAGCCGGAGGUCAAAGUAAGUUGCCUGGAAAGGAGUCAUGGAGAGCGCAAGCAGAAGAAAAGAGACCAGAACAAGACAGCUGCUUACAGGUAUCGACAGCGGAAGAGGGCGGAGCAGGACUGCUUGGAGGAAGAGCUUCAUGGAUUGGAAGGGAGAAACAGGGAGCUGCGAGACAAAGCCGAAUCUGUAGAGAGAGAGAUCCAGUAUGUCAAAGACCUCCUGAUUGAAGUGUAUAAGGCUCGGAGUCAGCGCCUCAAAGAGGAUUCCAGUGCCUAAACCUGUUCUAAGCACCAGCAUUGAAAGAUCAGGACUUUUUCGGCAAGGACUUUUUUAACAAGCUCUGGUAGUAUGUUUUUGACGUUCAAAGUAAAUGAUAAGACUGAGAAAAGAGCUCUUUGCUGGGUUUGCUAAAUAGAAUUUAGCAAAUUAUGUAAUGAACACUGUGAUACUAGCCUUAGGCUGACCAGUAUUCUUAGUAUUCUAAUGAGAGCUAAAGAUAUUAUGCAUUUUCAUGAUUUUGCUUUUUUUUAUUAUUAUUAUUAUUAUUAUUAUUAUUACAAUCCUCUGUGCUUAUUAAAUCAUUUAUACCAAAAAAAGAGAAACCAACAGCUAUACUACAUAUGCUAGCUCAGAUGUGUGUUUGUUGUGUGGGGCAUGAUGGUACAGCUUAGUGAGGACUUGUAAGAAUGUUAUUGCAAAUAAUUACUGCUAUUUUUUUGCGCUGUAACUAUAAAGCCCAGUAAUGUUAAGUGUACUUCAUUUUAGUUUUUACUGACAUCACCAUUUUUGUAUUUUCAUAUUUUAUUUUGCGUGUACAUCUUUUUUUUUUAACGAUGCAGGAUAGUUUUAAGAGUUUUUUUCAAUCACAUUUAAAACAGUGUACAUUACCAGCCAAUGUACUGUGGUUUGAAGCACACUAGUAAGCUUUUAGAUUUCUUGGUAACUUCACUGGCUCAGGUACUGAAUGCAUGUCAGAAAUAUUGAAAAGCAUGUUAGGUGACAAUUUACUGCAUGACUCUUUAUAUGACUGCAUUGUACAUUAUGACAGCAAGUAGACUUUGUUUCUUCCAUCAGACCUUUUAUUGCCGUUUUCUUGAUUACAGGCUGCCAAAUUAUUUGCUCAAUUUGUAAGGCAUGGAGUUGCAUUAAUCAGUAUGAGAGGCCGUUUGCUUUCUUGUGCAGGUUUGCGGCAAACAAUCACUGUCAUUUACUAAAGAGCUUAAAAGACUGUAGGCCUAAUGUAAUUUAUAUUUUUAAUAUAUAUCCAGGUGCAUAUUAGGUCUGCUAUGAAUAGUUCACUGAUCACAAUGCUGAUAUUGGAAGAAAGUACUGCAGGAAAUCCUCUGUGUGAUAACUGAUAUGAGCAUCAGAAUCAAACAGCACAAGUGUGAACCAAAUUCUGGCAUUUCUGUAUACCGGUAUUAAAAAUGAUUGUUUAAUGUUGACAAA